AUGUUAAUCCAACGAUAUCGCCUGAUAGCAACCUUACUGGGGGUCCCCGUUCUGACACUGGCCCAUGACCUCAUCCCUCCCCUCCUCGAGAAAGCCGAUACUUUUACCCAAGACAUCUGGUUACUUGACCAAAGCGACAAGAUAAUUUACCUCGACAAUGAUUUCGCUUCUGUAUCCGACAAGGAUGGCCUCACUCUGAUUCCACCCACCGCGCUUGAUUUUGCGACCACUUUUCGAGAUGACCUCGACCAGAUCACAGGUCUCAACUGGACGCUGAAGCAAGCCGAUAAGAUCGCCAGCAAUGCCAGUGGUAUCUACCUCGGCGCGUAUACCGGAGAAUCUUCCGAUCUGACUUACGAGAACGGGAAGGCGAAUUCUGAGGGCUACGAAAUAUCAAUCAACUCGGCACGCAUUACCAUCGGUGGGAAUGGUGCUCGCGGCUUGUGGUGGGGAACCAGAACUCUUCUCCAGCUUCUUUCUCAAGCCUACAACGGCACUCUGACGACUACAUACGUGAGAGAUGCACCAGCCUACUCCACAAGAGGGUACAUGCUCGAUGCGGGACGAAAAUGGUACUCCAAGGACUUCCUCAAGGAGUUGUGCAGCUACGCGUCUUUCUUCAAGAUGAACGAGUUCCACUACCACCUCAGCGACAAUUACCCACUGAACCGCGGAAAGAACGAGACCUGGCAGGAUGUCUACUCGCAUUUUUCGCUAUUACCGGAGGACGAAGAUCUACGAGGAAUUCUCCAUGGCCGGGAGAACGAGACUCUAUCCAGAGACGACUUUGACGAUUUGCAGCAACACUGCGCCUCUCGUGGUGUCACCGUCAUUCCAGAAAUCGAAGCUCCAGGCCAUUCUCUGUAUCUCACCAAGUGGAAGCCAGAGCUUGCCCUUCCCAAGAAGGAUCUGCUGAACCUUACCCAUCCCGAAACUUUGCUGAAAGUGCAGAAAAUCUGGAAAGAAUUCCUUCCAUGGUUCAAGACAAAAGAGGUCCACAUCGGUGCAGACGAGUAUGAUGCUGAACUUGCAGAUGAUUACAUCACUUUUGUGAACAAGAUGAGCCGAUUCAUCAAUUCCACGUCCGACAAGCGAAGCCGUAUUUGGGGUACGCACGAACCAUCCAAGAAAAACCAGACCAUUGACAGGGACGUCGUCAUUCAACAUUGGCAGUACGGCCAAUCCGACCCUGUACAACUUGUCAAGGAUGGCUACGACGUUAUCAACUCAGAGGACUGGUGGGCCUACACGAGCCUGAAGAACGACCACAUGCCGAUUUUGCCAGCUAGAUACCCGCAGUUCUUCAACGAGAACCGCGUAUUUAACUUUGCAGACAAAGGUGGCUGGCAAUGGACACCUGCUGACUUUAACCCUUUCAAUACCAGUAUGCAACUUGAAGAUGACGAGUCACGAUUUCGGGGUGCUACCUUGGCGGCAUGGAACGAUAAUGGGCCCGAUGCUUCGACGCAGUUGGAAGCGUACUACUCUAUGCGUCGCGGUAUCGCGUUGGUGGGAGCUCGCGCGUGGAGCGGAAGCCGUGGACCACAGCUAUUUAACGAGACAACGGAUACAAGCAUCGACUUUUAUUCCUCCAAGGCUCCAGACCAGAAUCUCGAUCGGCAAUUGUCAAUUUCUGAUACCGAUACAAAUGACACUUUGCUAUCAUGGUCACGAUCGAGCGGCGACGGCGAGAGGAUAAAUCUAGGCAAAGGAAGCAAAGGCAUGAAUUACACAUUGACGCUAUCCGUCAGUGGACCCUUCACUUUAUCAGGACCCGACAACUCCUUAUCUCUAGACAAAAGUAGCAAUCUCGUAUUCGAGGCUGAUGGGUGGGAGUACCCUCUUCGUCAAGUCAGUGAGGACGACGCUUUGGAAUUAGACACUGGUCAUCCUGGUCGCAUCUGGGUCAACGCCUCCUCCUCCACACAUAAGCCUGUCACGAUAUCGGUACCUGCUGAGAUCACCCUGGUGGCAGAUGUCCUCCACGGUACGGUGGUGUUGAUUGGCUCAAAGGUGAUAGGGAGAUUCGAAGUUUUUGUCUAUGGAGGGCGGAACACACAGUUCAGCUGGAGUCAGAUGGCUUUUGUUGCGCCAUUAGAUGAGGUCAAAGGAGAAGUGAGUCGUUUAACUUUGAACGGAUCUGCCAUGUUCUCCGCGAUCAAGAAAAAUGAGAAGACUCCCAACGUCCCGGGGAAGAAUGACGCUGCUCCUACGCCAGGUUUGCCAGGUUUGAUCACGCUGACCUUGAUGGUGAUGGCGGUCAUGGUCACAUGGCAAGGUUUUUAG